AUGUCAAGAACAGCGGCUGUCCUGGCCUUUUCCAUACCGCUUGCAUUUGCGCAGUCUGCAACCGGCGUUCAGUCAAAUGUGACAUUUUGCAACUGGGCCGGCCUUCGAUCUGGCAUUAUACGCGACACAAUAUACCUCGAUGGGGGUGGUUUAUGGUGGCAAACUGCCACAGACAGUAAUGGUCUACCCGUUCCCGUGCCUGAUGUGGAUGGUACCGGGCGCAUGUUUUCACUCAAUCUCUCCUACUCCUUCGACACUUCGACAUUCAACGAGACUACAUCGCUCCUCCAACCAUUAUCCAAGACUGGUGGCACGGCCGGUAACAACAUUGCUCCCGACUAUGAAGACGGAGCACUCUUUGCCAACGAGGGGGAGUUCUACCUCUAUGGGGGCCUUACUCGUUUGACCGACGCUUACACUCCACCAGACGCUCAGGCAGUAUUGGGCUACGAAGCCUAUCAAUAUGGUCCCGAGAGAAUUAGCUGGUCAAGAGGAUUUAUACAAGGAACAUUGCCUGACAACGUUACCAGAUAUGUGAGCAACGGUGCCUCAGUAUCGGCACCAAGCGAGAACUUGGGUUUUUACUUCAGUGGUCUCAGGGGAGCUGGCUGGGGGCCCACCACCGAGUCGACCAGAGACUGGUAUCUCGCAGACACCCUGAUUGAAGUUGAUAUGUCCACCAUGCGAGGCGAACAAUGGUCAAACAACACACUCCCAGACGACAUUCCACCCCGUGCCGGUGCUGAACUUGUCUGGAUUCCUGUUGGUGGCCGAGGCGCAUUAGUUGCAAUAGGUGGCAUGACCGCGGUUGAAUACCUGCUCUCAAGCCCCUUGAACAGCUCACAGAGCUCUGAUGCCGAAGAGCAGGCGCCGGGCUUCAUGACCUCACUCCCAGUCUAUGACAUAGUAUCACAGACUUGGUAUAUGCAGAACACUACAGGCGACGGCCCUGGACAGCUGACGUCGUUUUGCUCCGUGGUUGCACCAGCCAGAGAUGCCUCCAGUUUCAACAUCUAUAUAUAUGGCGGUUAUGACGGUCUGAACUACACCAGCGUUCCUUUCGAUGAUGUGUGGAUAUUAUCCAUUCCAUCCUUCUCCUGGGUCAAGGCAUAUUCGGGGGUUCGAUCACAUGGUCGUCGGGGCCACAGAUGCGAGCGCAUUUAUCCCGACCAGAUGCUCAUUAUUGGCGGCGUCAACCCCAACCCCCAGCAAUGUCUCACGGAUGGGCCUAUUCAGAUCUUCAAUCUUAACACCUUGAAAUUCCAGAACCUAUACAAUCCAAGGGAAUGGGCCGAGUAUGCCGUUCCGGACGUGGUUACAGCGGUCAUCGGCGGCAACGGUCAAGGCGGCGCCACCAGAACAGCAUCCUUUUCAAACAACACCCUCGAAUCCCUCUUCCAAACGCCCUACACUAGAACAAUCAACCAAUACUACCCCUACUCCCCUGCAGGUGGUUCGCCUGGCACCUCUCCUGUGCCUACAGCAAUUUCCCAAAGUGGUGGCCUCGCAAGUUGGGUCGCACCCGUGCUGGGCGUCGUACUUGGUCUCAUUGUCCUCUCCAUCAUCGUCGUCCUGAUUCUUCUCUACCGUCGCCGCAAAAUACUCCGCCGUAAAAGCUUCACCAGCUCUCACGCCGGCAGCAGCUCUAACAACCGCAUCCUCAAUUGGGUCAACGGCAUGCCUAACCAACCUUCCGAACACAAAACCGACACAUCCGACACCACCACCGAAGCGGACAACGAAACCAGCGUGUCCAGCCCGGUCGGCCGCUUAGAAGUAGCGGGCCAGCAACGCUACGAAGUGGAAGCCAAUGAAAGAGAGAAGGCUCCUGCCGAAUUGGCCACCCCCUUCAACGUCGAAGCCGACGUCAACACCUCCCGCACCAUCGAUUUUGCCCAUGAAUCGGGAACUUCUUCUGACCAACCAUCCCAAUCCCAACCAAGCGGCAGCGCAUCAAACUAUUCCCAACCCCAGAUCCACGGUCUUGGUUUCAUCGGCUCCCCACCCAUAUCCCCACAGUCCCCCCACUACUCCCCCAAUUACCUCCACUCCCACAGCAAUGACAGCCGCAUUGGCAACAACUCCAGCAACCGUAGCGACGCACCGAGUCCUUACGUCCACCCCCAACGGCCCGAAGACGUAGGCAGUCGCUCACUUACUGCCUCCCCAUCACCCACCAGCUCUCCGGCCCGAAGCCCUGAUCUUCGUGCCCAUUCAAAGAACGUGAGCGCUGAUAUCCCCCCUGCCAACGCCAUUCUCAACGAUGGAGGGAUUGGAGGGGAAGGAGCAGCAAAUGAAUCUGGCUUACAACGUCGACCCACACACCAACGCAACAUCUCCAGUUUGAGCUCCGAUCUCUACCAGCUCAAUUCUCCAGAUGGCGCGUUGACGCCGGACGAGGAUUCGAGGCGCAGUCAGCUGUUGGGUGGACUGGCUAGCCAUCCUGUGCAAAACCAGGACCCGAGCCAGAGUCACGGGAGGAUGGGCGCGUUGGAUGGGAGGAUGGAAGCGUACAGGGAAGAGUUGGUCAGCCCGCAGGAAGAAAGUACCUCUCCCGCUGGAGUAGAGCGGAAGAGGACGGCAGGCAAAAAAAGCAGUUUUGGUGAGAUGCUGGACGAAGACGAGAAGGAGAAGAAAUAA